AUGUUGAAAGCGACCUUCAGCGCGGCGAGCUAUGCCACCUUCCGGCCCUCGUACACUCCAAAGAUCUUCUCGACAAUCCUCUCCUAUCACCAAGGACCCAAGUCCCUCCUCCUGGAUCUUGGGUGCGGCCAUGGGCCGAUGACCCGCGAGCUCUCCCCCUCCUUCACGAGCGUUUUGGGGACCGACCCCUCGGCCGUCAUGGUCGCGCAGGCCCGGUCAUCCACCCCUCCAAAAUUUUCCAAUAUAACCUACAAGCAAAUGACUGCGGAAGAUUUAUCUGGGAUUGAAGACGGCGCAGUGGAUAUGGUGGUUGCAGGGCAGGCGGCGCAUUGGUUCGAUUACUCCAAGGUCUGGCCCGAAUUGAAGAAGAAGGUUAGGACGGGGGGAACGCUAGCGUUUGUUGGCUAUAAGGAUAAUAUUUUCGUUGAUUAUCCAGAGGCUACCAAGGUCUUGGAUCAUUACUUCUAUGGAUCUGAUACCCUGGGCCCGUUCUGGGAACAACCGGGAAGAAACAUUUUGAGGAAUAAGCUCCGUGCGAUUGUUCCCCCUCCCGAAGAUUGGGAAGAUGUGCAGAGGGUUGAGUAUGAGCCGGGCACGAAGGGGCGCGGCAGUGGUGAGGGGACUUUGUUAAUGCACAAGAAGCUGAAGUUAGGUGAAAUGGAGGGGUACGCGAGGACCUCUUCGAGCUAUCAUAAUUGGAUGGCAGCGCAUAAUGAACAGAAGGCCAAGAAGGAUGGUGGCCCGGGAGACAUUAUAGAUGAGAUGUUUGAGAAGAUGUUGGAGGUUGAGCCGGAGUGGAAGGCUCAGGGCGAGAGGUGGAGGGAUUUCGAGGUUUAUACUGAGUGGGGCAGCGCGAUCUUGCUGGCGAGGAAGAAGUAA